CCUUAGAACAUGCAUUUAGCGCAGGUUUUAAUUUCCCUGAGUUUUGUACUUGCAUUUGGUCAAGUUGGUCGGGGUGACAUUACGGCACAUCAGCCUUCAACACCAACAGAGGAGAAUGAACAGUGUUCAACAUGUGAGUUUAGACAACAGAGCAAGCUAAUGAGACUACAAGCAAUCAAGUCUCAAAUCCUUAGCAAACUUCGACUAAAGGAAGCCCCCAACAUAAGCCGAGACGUUGUUAAGCAACUAUUGCCUAAGGCACCUCCAUUACAACAACUUCUUGACCAGUACGAUGUCCUUGGAGAUGACAACAAGGAUGGGAUUAUGGAAGAUGAUGAUGAACAUGCCACCGCAGAGACCAUCAUGACCAUGGCUACCGAGCCCGAUCCCGUCGUUCAAGUAGAUCGAAAACCCAAGUGUUGCUUUUUCUCCUUCAGUCCGAAGAUCCAACCGAACCGCAUAAUGAAGGCGCAGCUUUGGGUACACUUGAGACCAGCGGAGGAGGCGACCACCGUGUUCUUACAGAUAUCGCGUCUGAUGCCUGUGACAGAGGGAAGCAGACACGUACGAAUACGAUCUCUGAAAAUUGACGUAAACGCAGGGGUCAGAUCUUGGCAAAGUAUUGACGUGAAACAGGUGCUUACUGUAUGGCUGAAGCAGCCGGAGACGAACUGGGGAAUCGAGAUAAACGCGUACGAUUCGAAGGGAAAUGAUUUGGCCGUCACGACGGUGGAAGCGGGAGAGGAAGGGCUGCUGCCUUUUAUGGAGGUGAAAAUCUCAGAGGGUCCAAAACGAGCGAGGAGAGACUCUGGAUUAGACUGCGACGAGAACUCGCCGGAAUCGCGCUGCUGUCGUUACCCUCUCACUGUAGAUUUUGAGGACUUUGGCUGGGACUGGAUUAUUGCCCCAAAGCGUUACAAGGCCAAUUAUUGCUCUGGGGAGUGUGAGUACAUGCACCUGCAGAAAUAUCCCCACACCCAUCUGGUGCACAAAGCCAACCCACGAGGCACCGUGGGACCCUGCUGCACUCCGACCAAGCUGUCGCCCAUCAACAUGCUUUACUUUAAUCGAAAAGAGCAGAUCAUCUAUGGUAAGCUGCCUUCCAUGGUAGUGGACAGCUGCGGCUGCUCGUGA